UUCUAACGUAGAACUAUUCAUCUUUCAACAAUGAGCGGAAGAGGUAAAACCGGCGGCAAAGCGAGAGCGAAGGCCAAGACUCGCUCCUCCAGAGCAGGGCUGCAGUUCCCCGUCGGUCGUGUUCACAGACUUCUCCGCAAAGGGAACUACGCAGAGCGCGUCGGUGCCGGAGCUCCCGUCUAUCUGGCGGCUGUGCUCGAGUAUCUGACCGCUGAGAUCCUGGAGUUGGCUGGAAACGCCGCGAGAGACAACAAGAAGACCCGCAUCAUUCCCCGUCACCUGCAGCUGGCGGUACGCAAUGAUGAGGAGCUCAACAAACUCCUGGGUCGAGUGACCAUCGCUCAGGGCGGCGUGCUGCCCAACAUCCAGGCCGUGCUGCUGCCCAAGAAGACCGAGAAACCCGCCAAAGCCAAGUAAACCGAGUCCGCCCGGUUUCUGAAACACAAAGGCCCUUUUAAGAGCCACCCAUUUUGUCAGAAGAAGAACGUUUUUCUAAUAUGAUUCUGUUCAU